AUGCCGCCUAUUGCGAUUGCAGCAUGUUUCCUUUUCAACAAGCGAAUCGUGCCACAAGACGAUUAUUUCAGAUUGCGAAUGAUUGCUUUCGAAAAUAUACAUUCUGAUAAUUCGUUGCAGAAAGAAGGCUAUUGGAGUGAUGCAGUAAUGUCAUCGCCAACACCACCACCUGUACCUAAACAUCGUCAUCAAGUGGAGUCCGAAGAACUUUGCGCAUCGAUCACAAAUGAACUAGCAUUUAGCAGCACAGCCACGGAACCCGAAUUUAUUCGUCCAUUCCAGAAUGAAUAUACGGUGACUGAAGGCGAGAGAUUCAAAAUUGACUGCUUAAUGAUCGGUAAUCCAAGACCAAAAGUUCAUUGGUACUUCAACGAUCGCACUAUCAAUAUUAAUUCGUCAUUUUGCAAGUUCUCAAAUAUUGGUGAUACAUAUUCGAUCAUUUUCGAUCCGGUUAAACUCGAAAACGAUGGUUUCUAUAAGAUGUCUGCCGAGAAUGUUCGCGGCAAAACCGAAUCGCUAACCAUUCUCCAUGUAUUGCCCAGACCAACCAAGCCGCAACAAAUCGUCAAGAAACCAGUAACCACUGAGGUUCAAACAAAACUAUUCACUUGUGUUGUUGAAUUUUUCACUAACAAUAGGAUCUAUAAAUAG